AUGGCGACGCAAACGAGAGGCCAUGGUGGUCACGGCCACCACCACCAUCACCACCACCAUGGAAACGCCUAUCUGACUUCUUCGAAUACACACGACGCCGGCGUCCGGAUCACGCGCCUGGGUCUUGUUGCGAAUCUCGCAAUGGCCAUUGGGAAGUUUAUCGGUGGCUAUGUCUUUCAUUCGCAGGCUCUUAUCGCCGAUGCCUACCAUGCUCUUACAGAUUUGGUCUCGGACUUCCUCACACUGGGUACCGUUGCGUGGUCGCUCAAGCCCCCCAGCGAACGAUUCCCGAACGGGUACGGGAAGAUCGAGAGCAUUGGUGCGCUGGGUGUGAGCGGACUUCUACUUUGCGGAGGUGUAUUCAUGGGGUUGAAUUCUGGACAGGUAUUACUGGAUCAGUUUUACCCUGAGGCCGCAGAGGCGAUUUCUCAUUUGGACCUGGGACACGGCCACUCGCACAGUCAUGGAGUUGACGCCCUUGGACCGAGUAUUCAUGCCGCUUGGCUUGCAGCUGGCUCCAUUGUUGUGAAGGAGUGGCUGUAUCAUGCUACAAUGAAGGUUGCAACUGAGCGCAAGUCGUCCGUCCUAGCCUCGAACGCUAUCCACCACCGCGUCGACUCCCUCACAAGUAUUGUCGCUCUGUUCACAAUCGGCGGAACGUACCUCUUCCGGGACGCGUCCUGGCUGGACCCUGUGGGCGGACUGCUCAUCUCGUUGAUGGUCAUCAAGGCUGGAUGGGGAAACACUCGCACCUCGCUCCUCGAGUUAGCGGACACUACUGUGGACGAUGAAAUCAAGACCGCCGUGCAGAAGGCUGCGGCCAAGGCACUCAGCACCGUCAAUGAUGGCGGAUCAGUCAAGAUCCGCAAUGUACAAGGCAUGAAGUCAGGACAGAACUACCUGAUGGAUGUUGAAUUAGCCGUCCCUGGUGUGUGGUCGGUCCAGCGCUCUCGCGAGAUUGAAGAAAGAGUCCGAGCCACCAUUGGCUCCAGUCUUCGCGGGGUCAAGCGAGUCAAAGUCCGGUUUAUUCCUCUCGAGCAUGAGAGUUUGGACUUCUCCGAGGAGUUCAUUGCGCCGGAAGUUAUCAGCCAAGCCAACCCGGAGCCCGAGGAUGGUGUUGAGGAGGAGGCGCACCAUCACGAGGAUGAGCAUGACCACAAGCAUGAGCAUGAGCACGAGAACGGCACCCGGAAAAGACGCUGA